GGCCAUGCAGAGGCCGGGGAAGAGACCAGCAGCCUGGCGAACGCCCUAGAGCAGGCGGCCAAGGUGUGCACUGCGUUGGCUUCGGCGCCAUGGAGGCCCCGUAUUCGAUGACAGCUCACUAUGACGAGUUCCAGGAGGUCAAGUACAUGAGCCGGUGUGGAGCGGGGGGCAUGCGCGGGACCUCACUGCCCCCUGGUUUCCCGCUGGGUGCGGCGCGCAGCACCACCGGGGUCCGGGCCGGGCUGCCGCGCUGGAACCGGCGCGAGGUGUGUCUGCUGUCUGGGUUGGUGUUCGCCGCCGGCCUCUGCGCCAUCCUGGCCGCGAUGCUGGCCCUCAAGUACCUGGGCCCGGGCGCAGCGGGCGGUGGCGCCUGUCCCGAGGGCUGCCCGGAACGCAAGGCCUUCGCGCGCGCCGCCCGUUUCCUGGCCGCCAACCUGGACGCCAGCAUCGACCCGUGCCAGGACUUCUACUCGUUCGCGCAGGGCGUGUACAGCGCCGCCGCGCUCUUCUCGCUCACCGUCAGCCUGGACGACAGGAACUCCUCGCGCUACGUCAUCCGCAUUGAUCAGGAUGGGCUCACCUUGCCGGAGAGGACCCUGUACCUUGCUCAGGACGAGGAGAGCGAGAAGGUCCUGGCGGCAUACAGGGGGUUCAUGGAGCGUCUGCUUAGCCUCCUGGGAGCAGAGGCUGUGGAGCAGAAAGCCCAGGAGAUCCUGCAGCUGGAGCAGCGGCUCGCCAAUAUCACCAUGUCAGAGUACGAUGACCUCCGGCGUGAUGUCAGCUCCACAUACAACAAGGUGACACUGGGGCAGCUGCAGAAGAUCACCCCCCAUCUGCAGUGGAAGUGGCUGCUGGACCAGAUCUUCCAGGAGGACUUCUCAGAGGAUGAGGAGCUGGUGCUGCUGGCCACAGGCUACAUGCAGCAGGUGUCCCAGCUCAUCGGCUCCACACCUCGCAGGGUCCUGCACAACUACCUGGUGUGGCGUGUGGUGGUGGUCCUGAGCGAGCACCUGUCCCCGCCAUUUCGCGAGGCGCUGCACGAGCUGGCUCGGGAGAUGGAGGGCAGUGACCAGCCGCAAGAGCUGGCCCGCGUCUGCCUGGGCCAGGCCAACCGCCACUUUGGCAUGGCGCUCGGUGCCCUGUUUGUACAUGAGCACUUCUCGGCCGCCAGCAAAGCCAAGGUGCAGCAGCUGGUGGAAGACAUCAAGUACAUCCUGGGCCAGCGCCUGGAGGAGCUGGACUGGAUGGACGCAGAGACCAAGGCGGCCGCUCGGGCCAAGCUGCAGUACAUGAUGGUGAUGGUCGGCUACCCGGACUUCCUGCUCAAACCCGAGGCCGUGGACAAAGAGUACGAGUUCGAGGUCCACGAGAAGACCUACUUCAAGAACAUCUUGAACAGCAUCCGCUUCAGCAUCCAGCUGUCAGUCAAGAAGAUUCGGCAGGAGGUGGACAAGUCCACGUGGCUGCUGCCCCCACAGGCACUCAAUGCCUACUACCUACCCAACAAGAACCAGAUGGUGUUCCCAGCUGGCAUCCUGCAGCCCACGCUCUAUGACCCAGAUUUCCCGCAGUCUCUGAACUACGGGGGCAUCGGCACCAUCAUCGGGCACGAGCUGACCCAUGGCUACGACGACUGGGGGGGCCAGUACGACCGCACGGGGAACCUGCUGCACUGGUGGACCGAGGCCUCCUACAGCCGCUUCCUGCGCAAGGCGGAGUGCAUCGUCCGCCUCUACGACAACUUCACUGUCUACAGCCAGCGGGUGAACGGGAAGCACACGCUUGGUGAGAACAUCGCCGACAUGGGUGGCCUGAAGCUCGCCUACUACGCCUACCAGAAGUGGGUGCGGGAGCACGGCCCAGAGCACCCGCUGCAGCGGCUCAAGUACACGCACAACCAGCUCUUCUUCAUUGCUUUUGCCCAGAACUGGUGCAUCAAGCGGCGGUCGCAGUCCAUCUACCUGCAGGUGCUGACCGACAAGCACGCACCUGAGCACUACAGGGUGCUGGGCAGCGUGUCCCAGUUCGAGGAGUUCGGCCGGGCCUUCCACUGUCCCAAGGACUCGCCCAUGAACCCUGCCCACAAGUGCUCCGUGUGGUGAGCCUGGCCGCUGCCUGCCUGCCCCCUCCACCCUGCACGCAUCGCCUCCUGCCAGCUGCCGGCAGGCAUGCCCUAACCCCUCCAGAACUAGGCCCUCUGCCGCUUGCCUCAGGAGGGGCCUGGAGCGAGGGUGGGCUUGGGCCUCUGGAGGGAGACAUUGGGGCCUGCCGUCCCGGGCCAGCUGGAUUGUACAGACCCCACCUCCGCUGUGUC